AUGAAAGAUACCAAGUCCUUGCGUUUGACAUGCAAAACACUCGGCGAGAUAACGCCAUUCUCCUUAUCACGCGUGUUUCUUUCGGCCAAUUCAUUAAACAUCCAAGUUUUCCGCGCCAUAGCGGACCAUCCAAAAUUUCGACAAGAGAUCACGGAGAUCAUUUGGGAUGACGCAAGUUUUGUCUCUGCGCCAUUAAUCUGGGAAGAUAUAUAUCCAAUAACCGACCCCCAAAGUUUAGAAACCAACCCCAAUGAAGGAUGUCCUAACUGGUUCGUGGAUGGAUGCGAAGAAAACCGCUAUAUGAUGAAACGUCGGAAAUACCAUAACGUGGACCGGCCCAAGAACCAGAUGGAUUCACAGAUGCCUUUGAAAGCCUGCUGGGAGUAUUAUUCGCAAAUAUUGAAUGAUCAGACAACUGUGAUCGAAUCUAAGGAGGACGAAAAAGCCUUUCUUUAUGGGCUAGAGCGGUUCCCACGGCUAAAAAGAGUGACCGUUACGCCUGCGACUCAUGGCUGGCUUUUUUCUCCGCUAUACGAGACACCUAUGAUACGAGCAUUUCCAUAUGGCUUUAACUAUCCUAUUCCACGAGGAUGGCAUAUUGAACAAAACGAGGGUCAAAUUGCCAACCCAUUACAUUGGUCAGAGGCCACCGACGAAUACAAACAACUAUGGAGAGGGGCUCGAAUCGUCCUUCGCGUUCUAUCACAGAUGGAGACGCAUAAUGUUUCUGAGCUGAGCUUUGAUUCAAAGCAACUCCCUACUGGAAUAAACUAUCUGAUCUUUGAGCGGCCAUGUGAAGAAUACAAUCAUUUUACGACUAUUAUGAAACGUCCAGGCUUUCGGCGCCUUGAUAUUUCUUUGUUCACUGGCACUAGUGGGAUUUAUAGCUGGGCGGGAUUCCGAAGUGGAUACUUUCUUAAGGCUAUCAGCAUGGCUAAAGAAUUAACCCAUAUCCAUUUAUCAACUACAUUUGAUGAUGGAUCUUCAAUGGGGGAUCCGCCUAUGCCCUUAAAAGAGGUUUUCCCUAUCGAGAAAUGGCCAAAAUUAUAUCAUUUGGGACUUUCUCGUUUUAGCGUGAAUACGUCGGAGCUGAUCGAUUUACUCAAUUUGGCUCCAGCCUCAUUACGUUCUAUUAAAUUAGAAUUUCUUGAGUUCCCUAAUGAUGAACUUCGUUUGUCUGGGCUCUUAGGUAGAAUGCGGGAGGAACUGAAUUGGGCUGAGAGAGAUCAACCAUUAACACCGACCGUCACAAUCGCUAUGGAAGGCUAUUACGGAAUGCCGGGGAGGUUCGUUGAGGUUACAGACGAGGUGGCAAACUUUCUAUACGGCUCUGGUGAAAUUCCCGUGAACGGAAAGGAUACUCGCAACCCUAAAUUCGGAAUAGGGACGAACCGUGACCUUUUCGAAGCGGAGUAUACUCGGCCCAACGUCAGCGUCUAG